CGGGAUGCCUGAUCGCGAAACAGUACUGUGCAGCACUAGGCGACAGAUUUGCUAGACGCCGAUUUCCAUCGCUUUUAUCACACAGCAACAUAGCCAUUGACAGCUCUCGAAGCUCAGAGUAUCGGUCGCCAUGCUUUGCGGAAUCUCGGGAGAAACUCCCCAAGAGCCAGUCGCGUCCAAGAAGUCCGGCAUUGUUUACGAGAAGCGCCUGAUUGAGCAGUACAUCAACGAGCACGGCACCGAACCCAACACUGGCGACGCCCUCACCUCGGACGACCUUCUUCCCAUCACCUCCUCCCGUAUCGUGCGCCCUCGCCCUCCGGCACUGACCUCGAUCCCCGCCCUUCUCUCCACGUUCCAGCAAGAAUGGGACAACCUAGCCUUAGAAACAUAUAACCUCAAGGAGCAGCUCGCAAGAACACGGGAGGAACUUGCUACCGCCUUGUACCAGCACGAUGCUGCAGUGCGCGUCAUCGCCAGACUCACCAGAGAACGAGACGAGGCCAGAGACUCUUUGAGCAAGGUUACUGUUACAGACGGUGCCGUUGGAGGCGAUGCCAUGAUGGUAGACAGCGCAGAGGGUCUGCCCGAAGAGCUCGCCGCUCGUGUUGAUGAAGUACAUGCCAGCCUAUCCAAGAGCCGCAAGAAGCGACCUGUUCCCGCUGGCUGGGUUACCUCGGACGAAAUCUCUGCCUUCGAAGCUGCCGCCACCACCGCUCUUCCCGCCCAGCAAACCACCUCGCUCGAUUCGUUGGAAGAUUAUGCUGCUGUCGGUGGUCUUGCUGGCGAUGCCGUCAUUUAUUCUGUUGAAGCUGAUAAGGCUGAGAGACAAUUGACUGUCAACGAGCCCAUUACCAGCACACUCUGGACUGGAUCCAAGGUUCUCUUUGGCACCAGCAAGGGUUCUGUCAAGAUCUUCGAGAACGGCGCCGAGGUUGGCGCUCUUUCUGAGCACUCUGGAGCCACGACAUCUCUUAGCUCACACCCUAGCGGCGAGUUGAUUGCAUCUGUUGGUGCUGAUAAGAGCAUUAUUCUGUACGAUCUGGCUUCCAUGAAGCGCGUCAGCCGCGCAUACGCCGAUGCUGCACUUACAUCUUGCGCUUUCCACCCUGACGGACACUUGCUGGCCGCCGGCACAGCGUCUGGCGACAUUAAGCUUUACAUGACCAAGACGAUGGAGCAGGCUGCCGUCUUCUCGCUAGGCGCUCCUAUCCAAGCACUUGACUUUUCAGAAAACGGCUUCUGGCUUGCGGCUAGCGCCAAGGGACAGUCUAGCGUUACGAUUUUCGACUUGCGCAAGGAGGGCGAUGCCGCUACCGCCAAGGUUCUCGAGACCGGCGGUGCUGUGCAGUCGGUAUCAUGGGACUACACAGGCCAGUUCCUGGCUACGGCCGGUCCUACGGGACUGACUGUUCAACAGUACACCAAGAGCAGCAAGAAGUGGUCGGAGCCUUUGCGCACCUCGAACGCCGCUGUGGCUGUCCGCUGGGGUGUGUCAGGCAAGAAGCUCCUUGCUGUGAACGGUGACGGCGUGAUUAGUGUAUUCGGAAACAAGGAAUAGAUUGUUGGAUCUUCUCUCAGAGCGGACAGAAAAUGAAGCAAUGCCUUUGGAAACCCAAAAAAUGAAGGGCCAUUUUUCUCCGGAGUGCAGAAAAGCCGUGCACUGUUGAUUUCGCUGUAUACUAAACAAUGGAUUAUGUUUUUCUUGUCAUGCGUAUAUCUGAUAUCUAUUACCGCUUGUUCCAAAAACCGUAUACAGUACAUCAUUUAUGCUUUGUUUUGCAUUUAGUAACUUUGUAUUAAUGUACUAAUUCGUAGUACCGACUCUAUUGUCUCUCGCUUUCUAACCUUUGCG